AUGUCCGCACCCACCCCAUUAGCAGAGGCCUCCCAAGUGCCCACUAUCCCGGCCCUUUCUCCCUUGACUGCAAAGCAAUCCAAGGGGAAUUUCUUUUCAUCAAACCCAAUAUCUAGCUUUGUCGUGGAUACGUAUAAACAAUUGCAUUCUCACAGACAAUCUUUGGACUUGAUCAACCCAGGUACAGUGGAAAAUCUGAAUAAGGAAGUUUCCCGUGAUGUGUUUUUAUCCCAGUACUUUUUCACAGGAUUAAGAGCUGAUUUGAACAAGGCAUUUUCCAUGAAUCCUGCCUUCCAAACUUCACACACUUUCUCCAUCGGUUCCCAAGCCUUGCCCAAAUACGCCUUUUCUGCAUUGUUCGCUAAUGACAACCUAUUUGCUCAAGGUAACAUUGACAACGACUUAUCUGUCUCUGGUAGAUUGAACUAUGGUUGGGAUAAGAAAAACAUUUCUAAAGUCAACUUGCAAAUAUCAGAUGGUCAACCAACAAUGUGCCAAUUGGAACAAGACUACCAAGCUUCCGACUUCUCUGUAAAUUUAAAAACUUUGAACCCUUCGUUCUCUGAAAAGGGCGAAUUCACAGGUGUCGCUGUUGCCUCUUUCCUACAAAGUGUUACUCCCCAACUAGCUCUAGGUUUAGAAACCUUAUACUCUAGAACUGAUGGUAGUGCUCCAGGUGAUGCAGGUGUCUCAUACUUGACUCGUUAUGUUUCCAAAAAGCAAGAUUGGAUCUUGUCUGGUCAACUACAAGCCAAUGGUGCUCUGAUCGCAUCAUUAUGGAGAAAGGUCGCACCAAACGUCGAAGCAGGUAUCGAAACCACAUUACAAGCAGGCAUGGUCCCAAUUACUGACCCAUUAAUGGGAACUCCAAUCGGCAUCCAGCCAACUGUCGAAGGAUCUACUACCAUUGGUGCCAAGUAUGAAUAUAGACAAUCAGUAUAUCGUGGUACAUUAGACUCUAAUGGUAAAGUUGCAUGUUUCUUGGAAAGAAAAGUCUUGCCAACUUUGUCUGUUUUGUUUUGCGGUGAAAUCGACCAUUUCAAAAACGAUACCAAGAUUGGCUGUGGCUUACAAUUCGAAACCGCUGGUAACCAAGAAUUACUGAUGUUACAACAAGGUUUAGAUGCCGAUGGUAAUCCAUUGCAAGCUCUUCCUCAAUUGUAA